AAAAGCCUCUAAAUCGCAGCUGCAGACACACACCAUGUCCCUGUAGUAAUAUCAUAAGUAUAUUAUGGGAGAGAGACAGUGAAUUCCAUUAAGGGCAGUGGGCGGCGCGCACACAGCCCGUCUCUUAAUGCGAUAAUACGUGAGUGCGCGUCCGUUAUCAACCAACCAGCCAGCGAGACAAACCCAGCCGAACCACACCGAGUCGAGCCAAACCGAUCCGAGCACUGAGCCCUGCCGCCCCACACACAGGCAGCAGAGGAGGAAUGAUGAGCUGGUAGCGCAUCUUUACGCACCCGACCCGCCGUCCGUCCCUUAUAAAGCCACAUUCUGCCUCUUUAGGUUUAAUUCUCUCGCCUAGACCAUGGAGACGGCAGUUCUCAGGACCGAUAUUUUCAUCUGCCAGCUGCUCCUUUUCAGCCAAAUAGUUGUGGCAGCGGAGCCGCUGGGCCGAGGCCUGAGGAAAAUCCCAGAAGAUAUCAAGUGGUCGUACUCAGGUACCCUGAACCAGCACAACUGGGGUAAGAAGUACCUGUCCUGUAACAGCGCCAGGCAGUCUCCUGUGGACAUCGACGAGACGUUUACCCAAGUAAGGCUGCAGUACCAGAAUCUACAGCUCGAAGGCUGGGACGUACUGACAGCAGAGUCCAGCACCAUCCACAACAACGGGAAGACUGUGGCCAUCAGUGUGGAGGGAGAGUUUUUUGUGAGUGGAGGAGGGCUGAGCUCCAGGUUCCGUGUUGGUAGAAUCACCUUUCACUGGGGUCGCUGCAAUGCAACGUCAGAUGGGUCUGAACACAGCCUGAAUGGGAUGAAAUACCCUCUGGAGAUGCAGAUUUACUGUUAUGAUCCAGAUGACUUCCAAAGUCUGGAUGAUGCUAUUAGGGAAGGAGGGAGGACCGCUGCCUUGGCUGUGCUCUUUGAGAUCAGCUUGGAAGACAACGAGAACUUCAGUCCUGUUAUAGAGGCCAUCAACACUGUCAGCCGGUUUGGUAAGAGCGGGUCGAUGGAAGCUUUCACCUUGCGGUCCUUGCUGCCUAAUAACACAGAUAAAUAUUACAUCUACAAUGGCUCACUAACUGCACCUCCCUGCUCUGAAACGGUGGAAUGGAUCGUCUUUAAACACACUGUGGCCAUAUCAGAAACACAGUUGGAGGUGUUUUGUGAGGUGAUGACGAUGGAGCAGGCUGGAUAUGUGAUGCUGACGGAUUACCUGCAGAACAACUUCAGGGAGCAGCAGCAGCAGUUCAUGGGUCAGGUGUUUGCCUCGUACACCGGAGUGGAGGACGUGCUCACACCCACCUGCAGCUCGGAGCCAGAGAACAUUCAGGCUGAUGCCCAGAACGACACAACCAUCAUGGUAACGUGGGAGCGCCCCCGCGUGGUUUAUGACACAACCAUCGACUGGUACACCAUCACCUACCAGAGGCUGCAGGGCCAAGACCAGAGCAAGCAGGAGUACAGGACAGACGGCGACCAGGAUGUGGGUGCUAUCAUCCCCAGCCUGCUGGCCAACAGCAGCUAUGUGGUUCAGGUAGUUGCUGUCUGCACCAACGGACUCAGAGGACGAUGGAGCGACCAGAUUAUAGUAGACAUGCCGUUAGAAGACCCUGAAAGUGAUUCAGAUCCCGACGCUGUCACAAAAGAUUUGAAAGGCAACAGGGAGGUCUCAUCUAAAGCCAGAUGGGAGAAGCCAGAGAACCAGAAUCAGGUAUAUUUGUCUCCAGAGGACCACAGCCCUGUGGAGGAGAUCCCAGUGGAGCAGACCAGGGUUUACCAGAACCAACCUACACACCACCAGAGCCAGGCCAGAGACCAAACCCAAGCGAACCAGAACCUCCCGGUCCAGGUCAGCACCCGUUCAAGCCCAAAGACUCCCUCUGAGUCUGCCGUUCUACCGAAAACUCGACUCAACACGAAUGGGAAAAAGAAACCGGGCCGGAACAGGUCUAAACCCGAUGAUAUGGACCAGAACUGGAUUGACGAGGACCGGAGGAUCCCAACACACCGGCCGUUCACUAAAGUGGGUUUUGACGGCAACGGUGCAAUAUGGGUAACUGAAGUAACUGAGCAGCCGGGCUUCCUGUUUCCAGUUGCUCGGACAACCACCCUGCCAACGAUCCGCCGACAAAUCACAGAAGAGGCCUCAUUGUCAGUGCUGCCAAAUCAGUCAAGGGAUCACGGUCCAUCAGACCAAGCCGGUGAAAGUGGCCUCCCUUCUUCCCAGUCGGACCUCUACACCCCUCCUGUGGAGGACAUCCAAGUCACAGAUAUCUUCUAUGAAGACACAGUCAACAACUCUCCACUAGAAACCACCACCUCUGCCGCAACAGUGCCUGCUGCUGCUGUGGUGCCAGGUAAUAAAGUGGACAAAGUCUCCCCGCCGUCCUCUGAAGACAGCGAUGCCCCUGCGAACAAACCUCUACCAGAAACGAUCACCUCGGUUUCCUCCACCCCCUCCCCCCUCUGGAUCACAGCAAGGGCAGCAACCGCCAGCAACACACUCGCUGAGUCAGUCUACAAGUCAUUCACCACCUCCUCUCUUCUCAGGGUGCUGAUGCAUACAACCCAGCCCAUGUUUAACGCAAAUAUACCCACGUCCAAGUUUGAGGACUCAAUCAUUGAACAGUCCUCUGGCUUAACAAACUCUCCUAACGCUCCUAGUGGAGUUAUCGUCAACCCUGAAAGUCCAGACUCUGUCUCAGAAGGGGGAUUCUCUGCUGAAGGAGAUUUAUCCAGUGUCACGCCUCAGUCACUCAACCCUUUUAAUGAAUACACCAGCGGUUCUCCUGCCCUCCCUGAAGACAAGAGGAGUGGCAUUAUCUUUCAUCAGAAUGACAAGUCCUCUGAAGAGCACUCCAUUGUCCGUCUACAAAUGGAUUUAGAACACUCUCAGAUCUCCACCACUUUGGGUUCUCAGACGCGCUUAAUCACUACAUAUUACCUUUCAACAAACACAGUUGAAGGAAAUAUCCCAAAGACUUCUUAUAAUCAAACUGACGGUAGGAUUCAAGAUGGUCUGAAUGGUCUGAAUAUCUUGCCAUAUUCCAAAAAUGAAGAGGAAGCCAGGACGGAUAGACAUAAAAAAGACCACAACUCCACUUCAGUCACAUCUUUCUUUGAUUCUAAAAGUUUGACUUUGUCUCUUCCUUAUAAUUCAGAGGAGUCCAACACAGACAGGCCAGCAGAGAGAAGUGGAUCAAGCUCUGGCCUUUAUAGCAACAGGCUCAAUCAAGAAUUUGAUGCGGUCGCUACAGUCAAAACUGACCUCUCUGCUAUUCCAAAUUUAACUGUUAGCUUCAAGGUGGAUAGUACUGGGACAAAGAGUCGAUCAACAGGAAUUGACAUGGAUAGUGAAACAGAAAAUUCUAUAGAUGGGGCAGGACACAAAAUAAGUAGCAAGAAAGAGUUUGAAACAGUGGCAGAGACAGAAAUGGAGGAGACUGAAAAUGAGCUAAGUGGUGAGGAAGAAGUAGAGAUAGAUGGAGACAUUGGGGAUCAGAGAGUGAGGAAAGUCGAUGGUGAAACAGAUGAGAGUGCCAGACAGCUCAAUAGCGCAGUAAGCUGGGACAUGCUGAAAGAGAAGGAGAGAGAAAUUGAAGUUGAGACUGUAGUAGGAAAGACAAUAUACACUGACACUGGCAGUGGGGAUGAAAUUGAGUCCAAUUUGAAAGUUUUUAGCUGGCCUGAGGACGUCAAUGGUUCUGGAGAGGGUGGUGGAGAUGGAGGGGAAGAUGGAAAGGGAAAACGAAAGAAAGUGAGUGAUGACAAAGAAGGUAUCAAAGCUGUUGGUGAAAAGGAAAGUGAUGACAAAGGUGAUGGACGGGAAGACAGCACCAAAGAAGUUGUAUUUGGAAGAAGAGAUGGACUCCAGCUGUCUGUCAGUCAAGACAAACCUACAGCAGAGUUCCCACUGUUUGGCAGCAGUGAAGAAAAUGGCAAUGGUGACGGACAUGAUGAGGGUCAAAACAUAAGUGUUGACAGUCAAGUUGUUGGGGGUAACUCUACUCCGGACGACAACAAAGAGGGAGACAAUAAUGGUAAAAGAAGUGGAGGACUGGAGAAUGAGGAACACAUCGAAGGAGGUGGUAAAGAGGAUAGUGAUGUAGCUGUAAUUGGAGAGAGUUUGCAGAAGUUCUCACGUGUGGACAGGUUGUUGUUUGAUGCUGCAAGAAAUCCCGUGUUGGGGCGUCUCGUCCCUCUGCUCAGACUGACAGAUGGCAACAAGGACACAGAGGAGCAAAUGGAAGAGGGCAGCAACAGCAGCCAUGAGUCUCGGGUCGGGCUGGUCGGCGGUGUGGAGAGGGAGAAGAGGACAGUCGUUCCUCUGGCUGUUGUCUCCACUCUCACCAUCCUCUGUCUGCUGGUACUGGUGGGCAUACUCAUCUACUGGAGAAACUGUUUCCAGGCAGCUAAUUUCUACCCAGAUGACAGUGCAUCACCUAAAGUCAUAUCUGUUCCAUCUACACCCCUACUGCUGGCUACAGACGGUUACGAGCCACUGACAGUGAAGCAGUUUGUGAAGCAUGUCAUGGAGCUGCACACCAACAACACCUUCUCCAAGGAGUUUGAGAUUGUCAAAGAAUCCUAUGAGGAGGUGCAGGCUUGCACAGUGGACAUGGGCAUCACUGCCGACAGCUCCAAUCAUCCCGACAACAAAAGCAAGAACAGAUAUAUCAACAUACUGGCCUAUGACCACAGUAGAGUCAAGCUCUCCAGCAGUUUGGACAGAGAUGGGAAAUGUGGGGACUACAUCAACGCUAACUUUGUGGAUGGUUAUGAGAGAACGAGGGCGUACAUCGCAGCUCAGGGGCCUCUCAGAGCGGGCAGGGAAGACUUCUGGAGGAUGAUCUGGCAGCAGAGUGUUGGCGUUAUUGUCAUGAUCACCAACCUCAAGGAGAAAGGACGGACAAAAUGUGACCAGUACUGGCCGGAGGAGAACCAGGAGGAAUACGGUCCAUACCAGGUGACCCUGAAAAGCAGCAAGAACCUCGCUUACUACACACUGCGGACGUUCACUGUCAGAGAUACCACAAAUAAGGCUUCUCAGAAGAAAGUUGAACACACAGUCCUCCAUUAUCACUACACCCAGUGGCCAGACAUGGGUGUCCCAGAAUACACUCUGCCCGUCCUGUCCUUCAUCAGAGCAUCCUCCCGGGCGCGGACACAGGAGAUGGGACCUGUACUGGUACACUGCAGUGCCGGUGUAGGAAGGACAGGAACCUACAUAGUGAUAGACAGCAUGCUACAGCAGAUCCAGGAUCAGGGCACAGUGAACGUUCUUGGUUUCCUAAAACAUGUCCGGACACAGAGGAACUUCCUGGUUCAGACGGAGGAGCAGUACGUGUUCAUCCAUGAUGCUCUGGUGGAGGCCAUCUUGAGCCGUGACACCUCUGUGACCUCUGACCUCCUCCACACUUAUGUGUCUGACCUCCUGACCCCUGGGGCGUCAGGCAGGACACGCAUGGACAAACAGUUCAAAUUGAUCAGUCAGCGUCAGGCGAAGCACGCAGACUACAGCACCGCCCUGAGAGACGGCAAUGCUGAGAGGAACAGAGCCAGAGCUCUGAUGCCUGUGGAAAGAUCAAGAGUCUGCCUGACCGCUUCAGAAACAAACUCCACAGGGUACAUCAACGCCUCCUACGUCAUGGGACACCACCACAGUAAGGAGUUCAUAGUGAGCCAGACUCCUCUGAGCAGCACAGUGGCAGAUUUCUGGAGAAUGAUCUGGGAACACAACACAUACACUGUUGUCCGUCUGCCAGACACACACUGUCAGAGUGAAGAGGGGAAGUCUUGUGUUUACUGGCCCAGUAAAGACCAGCCAAUGAGCUUUGAGGGUUUCACUGUGUCGUACUCUGGAGAGGAGCACGUAUGUCUGUCCAAUGACGAGAGACUUUUAGUGCAGGACUUUACAUUGGAGUCUCCACAGAACGAUUACGUGUUGGCGGUGCGUCAGUACAGCGCCACCUGCUGGCCCAACCCAGACAGUCCCAUCAGGAACAGUUUUGAGCUGGUCAACACAGUCAGAGAGCACAGCAGACACUCAGACAGACCUACAGUCAUACAUGAUCCGCUGGGAGGUGCUACAUCAGGGCUGUUCUGUGCCCUCACCACCCUGUCCAGUCUGCUAGAGGAGGAGGGAGCAGUAGACGUCUACCAGGUGGCACGGAUGACCAACCUCAUGAGGCCUGGGGUUUUUAAUGAUAUAGAGCAGUACCAGUAUCUGUACCGAGCUGUGCUGAGUCUGGUGAGCAGCCAGGAAGACCAGAGAGCCCUGCAGAGUCCAGAAACCAACGGAUCUGUACCACUGGGACAGACUAACAUCGCUGAGAGCCUGGAGUCACUCAUGUAGACACAUGCACACAAACACAGGUCCAC